AUGGCUGAUGCUGCAAUUGGAGUUGUUACAGAGACACUCUUGAACAUGGUAAUUUCAUUUGCUGCUGAAAAGAUCAGUCUUAUAUGGGGUGUGAAGGAUGAACUCGAAAAGCUAAAGAAGCAGCUGAGGAUGAUUCAAGCUAUGUUGAAUCAUGUUCUUCAGCAGAAAACAAUUAGUGAGCCUCAGCAGAUUUGGGUGGUGAAUCUCCAGUCAGUCAGCCUUGAUGCUCAGAUUGUGUUGGAAGAGUUUGGUUACGAAGUUCUUCGACAAAAGAUUGAGAUGCGAAAGAAAGACAGAGUACAAGCCUUUUUUUCAAGUUCAAAUCCUCUUUUAUUUCGGCUAAAGAUGGCUGAAAAGAUCAAACAGGUUCAGCAAUCCAUUGAAUAUGUUUAUACAGAAGGAAUUCAAAUUUCUCACAUGCUAGAGAAGUUGAUGGAGGAUGUUGGCAGUAUCUAUUAUGAUAUUUUGUUGAAGAGUUCUUUGUUCCAAGGUGCUCGAAGGGAUGAUGACAAUAAUAUCAUAACCAGCAGAAUGCACGACAUCGUGCAUGAUUUUGCAUUGGAAGUGUCGCGAAAUUUCUGCUGUCAUGUGGAAGAUUGGAGGGAUAUAAACCAUUCAAUUAAAGCGGUGCAUGUAUCAAUCAAAUCCUGCCAAAAGGAGAUGUGGAAGAGUUUGAUUCCUUUCCUUCCUUCGACGUUGCGAACACUCAUUCUUAAAGGUGAAUGUGACUUGUCGGAAGAUUUAUUUAAGAAAUUCAAAUGUCUCUCUGUUUUAAUUAUUCGAGAUCAGCGUUUCACAACCGUGAAGUUGCCGAAUUCAAUUGGGAAGCUGAAACACUUGAGAUUUCUUGAGUUCGAACACACAAGUCUCCCAGAGUCCAUACAGCCGCAGAAUUUGCAGACAAUAAGAUUUGUUGCGGUAAAAAAUGUUAGUCUCCCCAAGUCCUUCACAAAGUUGUAUUAUUUGCAGACACUAAGAGUCGGCGUGUUGACAAAUGGUGGAGAUGGGUUUGAUAAAUUAACUAAUUUGAGGCAUAUGUAUGCAUAUCGGUUUGGUCCUAUGCACACACUCGCCCAAAUGGGAAAUCUUCAAACAAUUGAUUUGAGUGAAUAUGAGUUGAAUUUGUACCAUGUUCCACAGGUUGAGGUCACCUUGUUCAAAAAGUCAGGUGUGCGAGAUUUAAAGCUAUGUUGGUUGGAUAAAACCGGAAGGAGAAGAACUAAAGAAGGCGGCAAUGAUAACAUUGAUGCGAUAAUGGAAGACUUGAAUCCGAGGCCGAACUUAGAAACAUUAAAAAUUCACGGCUGUCCAAUCCGGAAGUUUCCAUCUUGGAUGACAAAAGACAAUAGUUUGUCUUCAUCACUUCAUAAUCUGAAGGGACUUGAGCUGAAGGAUUUGGUUGAUUGUGAAAGCAUUCCAGCACUUGGAGACUUGCCUCGUCUUGAACGUCUAGAGAUACGUGGAUUACGAAAGGUGAAAUUCAUCACAGAAAAAUUCUAUGGACCAGGAAAUGUUUUUGUCUUUCCAGCGUUGAAGAAACUUGCCUUGGAAUCCAUGGAUAAUCUGGAGGAGUGGUCAAUUGGAACAGAUCCAGCAGCCCCGGCACAGCCAUCAUCAUCACAACCGUCCGUUCAAGUCAGACUGUUUCCCAGGCUAGAGGAGAUGGCAUUGUGGAACCUACCUAAUUUGUGCGCUUUCCCAAAUUUGGAGAUCUUGCAAAGACUUAGAGUGUUUAGCAUACAAGGAUGCCCAAAUUUGAUAAAGUCAAGUGAAGUUAUGAAAAAGGGGCAGGGAUAUAUAGAAGAAGAAAUAGGAAUUGUUGAUGAUGAUGAGAGGCAAAAGCAUUCAUCCUCCACAUCUGAUGUUGUUUGCAGCCUGAUUUCGAGUUCAGCCCCGCUUGAAUAUCUGAGUAUCGAUUGCCACCCGAGUUCGUGGCCAAAAGAUUUGCAUCACCUAACCAACCUUGAAAAAUUACUAUUGGGAGGCGAUUUCGCUUCCGUGGAAAUGCUGCCAUGGCCCUAUCCAAACAUCACCUCUGAUGCAGCCCCUCAUUCUGUCUCUCUAAGGCAUCUUACAUUGUAUAACUUGCGAGAAGUCAAAUCUCUACCAGAUCAACUGCAAUAUAUGUCUUCUUUGACGGAAUUAUGGCUACAGAACUGGACUUCUUUGGAGAUUCUUCCAGAGUGGUUGGGUAAUUUAGAGUGUCUUGACAAAUUGUCUCUUCGGGGUUGCCCUAGCCUCAAGGAGUUACCCUCGGCGAAAACACUUCAACGCCUUACCCACUUGACCAUUGAGAGUUGUGGUGAGUUAUCAAAAAGGUGCAAGAGAAGACAUGACUCAGUGCGGGACAAGAUUUCCCAUAUUCCCAACUUGAAGAUUAAAUGA